UCUGCAUUCUGAUUGGACGAACGUCCAGACGUGCUGUGGCGCCCGCUUUGUUAGAUUGAUCCAUGCUAGCGGGUUUCCUUUGUUUUGAGUAACCGUUUAGCGGUUGUUUCCUGGCUAAAAUCUUCGUUUGGGAGAAGGUUGCGGUUACCGUAUUUUAGACUAUGAGUGGGGGAGUGUAUGGAGGAGAUGAGGUGGGAGCUUUGGUUUUUGACAUUGGCUCUUAUUCAGUAAGAGCUGGCUAUGCAGGAGAAGAUUGUCCUAAGGCGGACUUCCCAACGGUGAUAGGUGUGACUCUUGACCGAGACGAUGGCAGCACCCCCAUGGAGACGGAUGGUGACAAAACCAAGCAAAGUGGCACCACCUACUAUAUUGAUACCAAUCAGCUGAGGGUACCCAGGGAGAGCAUGGAGGUUAUGUCUCCACUCAAGAACGGCAUGAUUGAGGACUGGGACAGCUUCCAGGCAAUUCUAGAUCACACAUACAAAAUGCACUUCAAGUCUGAACCCAGCCUACAUCCUGUUCUCAUGUCAGAAGCAUCAUGGAACACUCGGGCAAAACGGGAAAAACUGACGGAGCUGAUGUUUGAGCAUUACAACAUUCCUGCUUUCUUCCUCUGUAAAUCAGCAGUCCUGUCUGCGUUUGCUAAUGGACGGUCUACAGGCCUAGUCUUGGACAGCGGUGCCACUCACACCACUGCGAUUCCAGUGCAUGAUGGCUAUGUCUUGCAGCAAGGUAUCGUCAAAUCUCCGCUGGCUGGGGACUUCAUGAGCAUGCAGUGUAGAGAGCUAUUCCAAGAGCUAAAUGUUGAAAUAAUCCCUCCAUACAUGAUUGCAUCAAAAGACCCAGUACGAGAGGGAUCCCCAGCCAGCUGGAAGAAAAAAGAGAAACUACCUCAAGUCACCCGGUCUUGGCACAACUACAUGUGUAAUUGUGUAAUUCAAGACUUCCAAGCAUCUGUGCUGCAGGUGUCAGAUUCUCCGUACGAUGAACAAGUUGCUGCCCAGAUGCCCACCAUGCAUUACGAGCUGCCCAACGGCUACAACUGUGACUUCGGAGCCGAAAGGCUAAAGAUCCCAGAGGGGCUGUUUGAUCCAUCAAAUGCCAAGGGCCUGUCAGGAAACACCAUGUUAGGAGUUGGUCACGUGGUAACCACCAGCGUGGGAAUGUGUGACAUUGAUAUACGACCUGGUCUGUAUGGCAGCGUGGUGGUGACUGGAGGAAACACUCUCAUUCAAGGCUUCACUGAUCGGCUGAACAGGGAGCUCUCUCAGAAAACUCCACCGAGCAUGAGACUGAAGCUGAUCGCUAACAGCACCACGGUGGAGCGUCGGUUCAGCGCCUGGAUAGGCGGCUCUAUCCUGGCAUCACUUGGAACCUUCCAACAGAUGUGGAUCUCGAAACAGGAGUACGAAGAGGGAGGAAAGCAAUGUGUGGACAGGAAGUGUCCUUGAUUUGUCACCAAGAUCCUUCAUACUCCCCUACAGUCUUUGGCACAAUGUUGACAUAAUGAAACAUUUGCCUCCAGCCAGGACUCAGGAACAACCUGCUAUCACUUUGUUGUUUUUAUUCCACUCAGUACAAUUUAAUGCCCGGGAAUGAAAGAAGUCUGACCUUUUGUUUUUAACACAAUGAUCUGCUUUUAGAUACCCUGCAUUAAAGUCAAGAUCUGAUGACAUUUUGCGCUGUCAAAGGCACCAUAAAAAACCAUUUGUGAUGGAGAAUGAAGCUCGGAGGACCAUUGUUUGGGAGUGCAUGACUGUUUGCUUUGGUGAUGUGCUCGUUUCUGCGUUUAGCAAUUGAACCAAAGUUUUGGUUGAGGUUAUUCCGGUCUCACCUGGUCUUAGUCUUGGGUCAACUCAAAUGAAUCCGUAUUUAAUUUUCACAUUUGUUCCAUAUGGUCUUUUAAAAUAAAACUUUUGUUUACCCAUGUUUUGUGUUUGUAGGAGCUGGCUGAUAUUUUUUAUUUGUCACAAAGUUUUGUAACAUUAAAACAAAUACAAACAUUAAAUUGUGAUACGGACAAGAACAAA